AUGGAUGGCGACGUUAGCAGCGAUGUCGACUGUAGAGGCCAGGAGCCAAACUCCAUACAGGUAACCGCCGAUGACGGGACCCCAACGUGGCAGAAGACGGUAUUCCAAAUCCUUGGCCAGUCUCUCCACAUACCAGUCACAGACAUUCAGAUGGAUUCGAAACUCGAGGAUCUCGGUGCCGAGUCUCUUGUUGCAACGGAGAUUAUCAGCAACCUGAACAAAGACCUAGGUCUCCAUAUAUCAUCGACCGAAUUCGCUUCAAUGGCUGAUGUGGUAUCUCUCUGUGAUUAUAUUGCGGGCACUGGUGGUAACACAUCGUGCACUCCUAGAAGUGGUUCCUCUAAGGCCUUAGAUACAGGUGCAACUACACCAACAGGGAGUGAGAAGUCAACCUUAGUCAAAGGUCAUACAGCGUCGAUACAUACAACUUUCCAACAGAUUUGCUGCAACUUCGACGCUCAUGCGAAGGAUACUAAGUUCACUGGCUACUGGGAUCAGGUAUACCCACCACAGUUGGAUACUGUGACAGCCUUUAUUCUUGAAACCUUCGAGAAGCUCGGCUGUGCCAUCCUGGAAGAGGUCGGCCUAGUCGAGAAAACAGGAGAUAACUUCAUACGCGGUUCUGCACGCCUAGACGGUGACAGAAGGGGAGGUUCUGGCCAGGAGCGAGUUAUGGAACUCAUCUCGGAGUUUCCUCAAUACGCAUCUACGCAUGGCCUACUCGGCCUCCUUGGACCACACCUAGCAGAGUGCUUGACCGGCAAAUUAAACCCCGUCUCCCUUUUGUUUGGUACCGAUAAAGGUCGCCGCCUCCUGGACGACUUCUACGCCAAUGCACCCAACCUCUUGGCUGCCACAAAGUUGCUUUGCGACUUCUUCUCCGCGAUCAUCCACUCCCAAGCUUCAACCGGUGAGCCUUUACAUGUCUUGGAAAUCGGCGGCGGUACAGGUGGGACCACCAAGCACCUUAUCCCACUGCUCCAGGCCACUAGGCUCCCUUUUAAAUACACAUUCACCGAGCUCUCAGCAUCAUUGCUGGCACGUGCCAAAAUCACGUUCAAGGGCAUCUCAGGCAUGGGGUUUCGACAACUCAACAUCGAGGAAGACCCACCCGAGGAGCUGUUGGGGCGUUACCACAUCGUGGUGUCGAGCAACUGUGUGCACGCAACGCGCGACCUACGGCACAGCCUAAGCAACAUACGCAAGCUGGUACAGCCGAAUGACGGAUGCGUGGUGCUGGUAGAGUCGACGCAAAGAUUGGCUUGGUAUGACCUAGACUGGGGCUUGUUGGACGGCUGGUGGUUCUUUGAUGAUGGCCGCAAGUACGCGCUACAGAGCCCAUGGGAUUGGGAGCGGGUGAUGCGAGAUGCAGGUUUUGCACAUGUUGACUGGUCGGAGAGUGCGAGUCGUGAAUCCCGGAGUGUUCGAGUAAUUUGUGGCAUGGUGGCUGAGCCGGAGAAAGCAUGUCCUGCAAAGGCAACCUCGAUGUUGUUGUACCAAGCAAGUUCUGAUUCGAGGGACCGCAACCUGUUCCUGAUCCCGGAUGGAUUCAGCUCUGGUGCUGUGUUCAGUGCCCUUGCGCCGUUGCUCUCUCAUGCGAGGCAUGUGUCCGUCUAUACGCUCAACAGCCCGUUUCUCAAGGUUAAGCCUGAUUCGAACCGAGUCCUCUCUAUUGAGGAGCUUGCCGGCCUCUACGUGGCCGAGAUUAGACAUCGGCAACCAGAGGGCCCUUAUAUGGUGGGCGAUUCUAUCAACCGUUUCGGCGUGAUAAGCGAGAACGAUAACCAAGAAAAUAAGCGCAGCUCGCCCAUCGCGAGCGAUCAUUUCACUCUGUCAAGGCAACAACUAUCGAUGUAUCAAGUGAGUAAGCUACCGGGUCGGAAUAUGCCACAAGUUGUAUUGUUCUCAGCGAGAGAGGGGGCGGAUAAGCAGGAUGAGGUGGCUCGACCCGAAGUACAGCCGGCUGAACAGCAACUUGUGGACUGGUUCCUGAAUGACCGCGCCGGCGGUGAAUUAUUUGAAUGGGACGAGGUCCUGGAGGAUGUUGGAGUCGUUCCGGCUGACGGCAAUCACUUCUCAAUGAUGCUACCUCCUACGAUCAACGGAUGGGGUUGUGAGCUUGCCAGAAUACUUGACGCUUAG